AUGGAAAGUCAAAUUAAAUCGGCAUAUACCACUCCACAAGGAGAUCAGGGCAGUCAGAGGAUAUGUAAGUUAUCUCCUUAUAAACAUGCUCUCGAAGAAAAACGAGACUUCAAUGAGCGCCAAGCUUACACACCGCUGGUCCCCUUGAUGCGUCCUCGUUCUCACUUAUGUACGACGGUGCAGGGUUCUGCUGAAUGGAGACGAAGUGGACAAAUACCAGCAUUUGGAAACUGGGACCAAACAAAUGAGCUGCCAAUUACACAGUAUUUUGAGUCUGCAAGACAGGCAGGAUUGAUUCGAUACAGUACUAAUUCCUCUGGAGAAUGUGGUCAUCAGUACAGGCGUGGUGAUCUAUAUGCUUCUGAUUUCAACAAACCUUCUCGUAAUCUUGCUCUUCCCAGAAAGGGAAGAAUGAGAGAAAAGCGAGGACCGCAUGUUAAGGAGCUGAGAAAGCAGGGCAAAGUCUGUGACGUGACUGAACCGGCAAGGAAACAACAACCCACCAUGCCAAUCUCUAUGUACAACAAUAAUAACAAUACUAAGAUUUCACAUGGUCACAAAAUAGACACUGUAAUUGGUUCUAAAGUUCCUGUUAAGCAUCCUAAAGCUGUCGACGAAGAUCUCUACAAAAUCCCACCUGAGCUUCUCCGCUCUCCCAAAAGGGUAAGUUUUCUUGCUUAA